ACCCGCGCAACAUCUGGGCCGCCAAUGGCGUGGGUGCUGUGCUCGCCCACAAGGGCUACAUCUCUGAGUCACGGGACAUCUUUGCGCAAGUGCGCGAGGCCACUGCAGACUUUUGCGAUGUGUGGCUCAACAUUGCUCACAUUUACGUUGAGCAGAAGCAGUAUGUUGCUGCGAUCCAGAUGUACGAGAACUGCCUGCGCAAGUUCUAUCGUCACCACCACGUGGACAUCCUGGUGUACCUGGCCAGGGCGUUGUUCCGCUGCAACCGACUGCGCGAGUGCAAGCGUGUCCUGCUCAGGGCACGCCGAGUGGCACCCCAGGACACCCUUCUGCUGUACAACAUUGCCCUGGUGCUGCAGAAGCUGGCCGCCCAGUGCCUGCGUGACGACAAGUCCUCCCUGGCCACAGUGCUCUCGGCUGUCCACGAACUUGGCCUAGCGCACAGGUACUUCCAGUAUCUCAGUGUCCACGGUGAUCGAAUGAAGUACGACCUUGCCCAAGCCGCUGCCGAGUCCAGGCAAUGCCAGGACUUGCUGAGUCAGGCGCAGUACCACGUGGCCCGGGCACGCCGCAUGGACGAAGAAGAGCGGGAGAUCCGUCGUAAGCAGGAAGAGGAACGCGAGGCGCUUCGCCGCAAGAUAUCUGAGGAACAGAGGCUGCUCGAGGAGCAAAAGCUGGAGCAGGAGAGGGCCAUGAUCAUGAAGCGCCAGGAAUUUGUCGAGAAAAGCAAGAGCAAGAUGCAGUUUGUCGACACGGGUGACGACAAGCCAUCCAAGAAGUCAAAGGGACGCAAGACGCAGGACUAUGUCAGCGACAGCAGCGACGAUGGAGGCGAGGUUGAGAAUGGUGAGGUCAAGGAGAAGAAGAAGCGCAAGAAGCAGCAAUCUGGUUCUGACGGGGAGGACAAGCCUCGCAAGAAGAAGAAGAAGGAGCGCAUGAGCCGCAGAGAUGGUGGGGACAAAGAGAAGAGCCGUGGCCGCAAGGGAGGCAAGGCCAGCAAGAAAUCCUCCGCAGCUGCGCUCAAAGACUCGGGCAUGUCUGCAAAGCAGCGGCUUCGCAUCGUCUCCAAGGAGACCAUCUCCUCCAGCGAGGAUUCAGACUCUGACAAAGGUGGCAAGUCUAGUGAUAGUGAGGAUGGUGGCUCCAAAAGCAAGAAGCGCAAGCGCAUCUCAUCGGGCAGCGAGGCUGGAGACUCCGACGUUGGCAAAGGGAAGAAGCACCGGAUUGUCUCGUCAGACUCGGAGAACGAAAAGGAGGAGCCUUCAAACAAAGGGUCUGCAGCGAGCAGUCCGAGGCGCUCAAGGUCAAGGUCAGCAUCUGGCUCCCGCUCUGGGUCUAACAAGUCACGAUCUGCUUCGAGAUCAAAGUCUCGGUCUCGUUCGAGGUCCAAGUCCGGAUCUCCUGCCAACUCUCGAUCUGGUUCCCGUUCAAAGUCUCGUUCCAGAUCUAAAUCUGGCUCACGGUCCAAAUCAGGUUCCAGGUCGAAGUCUCGGUCAAAGUCUAGGUCAGCUUCUAGGUCCCGCUCGCGGUCCAAGUCUGCAUCUAGGUCACGCUCCGGAUCUAGAUCUCGAUCGGGCUCGAGAUCAAAGUCAGGUUCGCCAUCGAGAUCGGGAUCGAGGUCAAAAUCGGGGUCCCCGGCUCGCUCAGCAUCCAAGUCACCGUCACGCUCGCGGUCAAGGUCAAAGUCUGGAUCAAGAUCACGGUCCAGGUCAAAGUCUGGUUCAAGGUCGCCUUCAAGAUCGCGUUCCAGGUCACGUUCAAAAUCAGCUUCCCGAUCUCGGUCUGGUUCACGUUCACGAUCUGGAAGUCCUGCUGGAUCAAAGCAGGGCAGUCCGCCUGGGUCCCCCGCUCAGUCUGGCUCAGAAAGUGAGUGAACAGUCCGUCAAGAGUAAAGACUGGCCAGUGCCUGGCCCUUGUUUCAUUUUCUUUUCAUGCCUGGAAGUCAUAUUUGUCACAUCGUCAGCAGUCU